AUGGAAAUCAUCACACCCCAGGACUAUCAGAACAACGCCCGCAAGCGACAGCGUCGCAGUCUUCGUCCCUGUGACGCCUGUCGGAAGCGCAAGACUCGCUGCGUUACAAAGGACGGCGACGAUAACUGCGUCCACUGCCAGCUGAGAGCCACGCCGUGUACUUUUCAGCAUGAUCCUCCGGAGCGCCAGGUCGCCAGCGGUAGUGGCAGUAGUGGUAUUUCCGGCCCAAACUCAAAUACAACAAUCUCCCUGCAACAACAGGAGGAUGUCGGCCAUGAGGACCAGAGCCAGACUUCAGCGCGGAGCAUGAGCCAGAGCCGGAAAACGUCGCGAGACGAUGUCCAGUCUGUCCAGUCUGUUCACUCCGUCCCCUCGGUCCAGGCAUUUUUAUCUCCUGCUGAGACCAGGGCUUCUGCUGAUAGCGGCAUUCCUCUCGCUCCGCCCUCUGUCAUGGUCCCUGAGCUUGGUCCCCUGGACCGCACUAUGGGAUGCUCGUCCACGCGGUUUGCAGAGCUUUAUGGUCUUGGGAGCGAUAUGGAACCUAUACUAAUGCGACAUCGACCCUACGAUCCCCAGACUCACGAAUUUAGCCUCGACACGCAUGCUAUUCGACGCGUGCUGGAGAGAGAUGAUGGUCAGGAGUAUCCUUUGACAUUUCACAUGGCUCGUGACGAAAAAGCAGUUGAAGGCGAUCCGACAUUUUCUCAAGUUGACGCUAUCGAGAGCUGUGUUCGUCCUCACGGCCCAAGUCUCGUUGAGCUCUUCUGGAGACACGUACAACCAUGCUAUCCCAUCCUCUCUAAGGACCCCUUUACCCUUGCCUACAGCCAGUCAUACCGACGCAUUCCCGCCGCCCUCCUCGGAGCCAUCUACCUGUCCGCCAUUCGCUGGUGGACCUACGACCCUGAGCUCUCCAUCAGAAACCCCCCUGACGCCGCCCUCCUCCGCAGGAUGCUACGGUCUGCCAUACCAGCAUCUUAUCACCGCCCAAAGCUCAGUUCCAUCCAGGCCGCCCUCCUCCUGCUGCAGUGCCAGCCCGAGGACCCCCUCAACCCGGACCACACGUUCCAAUGGGGACUCACCUGCCAGGCGCUUGCGAUCGGCCAAUGUCUUGGGCUUCACCUUGAUGCGAGCAACUGGACUAUUCCGCAAUGGGAGAGAAAUGUUCGCAAGCGGCUCAGCUGGGCGCUAUUCAUGCAGGAUCGCUGGACCGCAUUGGCUUACGGACGUCCUGUGCAUAUUCACGACGAUGACUGGACAGUGGGCGAUCUUACACCGGGCGAUUUUUCUGAUUUCGACAGCGAAGGCCACGCAGCUUCGGCGUCCGCUUCUGGAUCAGUUUCUAGUUCUGUUUCUGUGUCUGGCUCCGACGAUGACCGGAGAUCUAUCGCUGCGACUGGCAUGACGCAGUUUAUACAGAUGGUGCGGUUGACGCAGAUUCUAUCCGUUGUCUACUCCAGCUUCUACACAGCGCGGACCUGUCGUGAGCAAGAUACCGUUAUUCUGUGGGAAAAAGCCCGGCCGCUCUUCGAGAUGUUGACGAAUUGGUACCAUAGCAUUCCGCCGACACUGCAGAUGAACGUUGUUUACCAGCGCAAGCUGUGCUUCCACGGAUACCUGCACUUCUCCUACUACGGCGUCGUAAUGACCCUGCUGCGCCGCUUGAUACGCUCUACAGCACUCCCACCGCGAUGCUCGGACGAUCGAGUCCUCUCCAGCAUUCGACAGAUUGCGCUUCAGACAGCUCAGAGCGCCAUAUCUUUUGUCAUAAGCUUGCGACCUGAUCAUCUCGAGGCGUUCUGGUACUUCACGUCACCCUACCUCUUCUCGCUCCUCGGCUCCUUCACCACAUUACUUCUCGUCACUUCGUUAUCAUCGCAGGAGCGACAUUUCUGGCAGGAAACCUUGAACUCGUAUCUCUGGAACCUUCGCAUGAUGAGCAAAAGCCAUCAACCGAUGCAAUAUGCCGUUAAUCGACUGGAAGGGGCUAUAUUGCGCGGGCUGGAGCAUUCGCUCGCGGUUAAUCUGAAUGAGCCGCUUAAUGAUAAAGUUAGCCCGAUGAUGGGCAAUUAUGGUGCUGAUGUUUAUGAAUAUACUGAUUUUGGCGACUGGGAUCUCGCUGCGGGCGCGUCGGGGCCUUAUGAUCUCCUCAGCGGUUUGGUCAUUCAGCCAAAUCCUAUGAUGCCGCAGAGAGAUCUUGGAUGA